GCAGAAGUGGCAAGUCCUUUUUUUACUUCUCGCUGGGAUGGGAAUAUAUGAGUAGGAGGGGGUGAUAAAAUGAGUCUUUCUCUUGCAGUUGUGAUUCCAAAGAAUCCCUACCCUGCGUCUGAUGUGAACACUGAGAAGCCCAGCAUCCACAGCAGCACCAAAACUGUCUUGGAGCAUCAACCAGGACAGAGGGGUCGUAAACCAGGAAAGAAGCGGGGCCGGACACCCAAGACCCUAAUUCCCCAUCCCAUCUCUACCCCAUCCAAGUCAGCUGAACCUUUGAAAUUCCCAAAGAAGAGGGGUCCCAAACCUGGCAGUAAGAGGAAACCUCGGACUUUGCUGAACCCACCACCCACCUCACCAACAACCAGCACCCCUGAACCGGAUACCAGCACUGUACCCCAAGAUGCUGCCACCAUCCCCAGCUCAGCCAUGCAGGCCCCCACAGUUUGUAUCUACUUGAACAAGAACGGCAGCACAGGCCCCCACUUAGAUAAGAAGAAGGUCCAGCAACUCCCUGACCAUUUUGGGCCUGCCCGUGCCUCUGUGGUGUUGCAACAAGCUGUCCAGGCUUGCAUCGACUGUGCUUAUUACCAGAAAACUGUCUUCAGCUUCCUCAAACAAGGCCAUGGUGGUGAGGUUAUCUCAGCCGUGUUUGACCUGGAACAGCACACCCUCAACCUCCCAGCAGUCAGUAGCAUCACCCACGUCCUCCGCUUCCUGGAGAAACUCUGCCACAACCUUCGUAGUGACAAUCUGUUUGGCAACCAGCCCUUUACACAGACUCAAUUUUCACUCACUGCCACAGAGUACAGCCACAGCCACGACAGGUACCUACCAGGUGAAACCUUUGUCCUGGGGAAUAGUCUGGCCCGGUCCGUGGAGCCACACUCAGACACAAUGGACUCCACUUUGAAUCCCACCAACCUUGUUAGCACCUCCCAAAAUCUUCGAGCUCCUGGGUACCGGCCCUUGCUUCCAUCCUGUGGCCUCCCACCAAACACGGCCUCAGCUGUGCGCAGGCUGUGCUCCAGGGGGUCGGAUCGAUACCUGGAAAGCCGAGAUGCCUCUCGACUGAGUGGCCAGGACCCCUCCUCUUGGACAGUCGAGGACGUGAUGCAGUUUAUCCGGGAAGCUGAUCCUCAGCUUGGACCCCACGCUGACCUCUUUCGCAAACACGAGAUCGAUGGCAAGGCCCUGCUUCUGCUGCGCAGUGACGUGAUGAUGAAGUACAUGGGUCUGAAGCUGGGGCCCGCACUCAAACUCUGCUACCACAUUGACCGGCUGAAGCAGGGCAAGUUCUGAAUGGGGAGACACAGCCUAGACAACUGAGCAGUCAAGCGGAUGGGGGCAUUCUUCUCCCAGAAAGGAGGGCCAGGCGCCUCAGAUUUCUGGGCCACCUCAGGACUCCAGGAGGCUAUGUGGAGCUGCCCCUACUACCCCUUCCUGCCAUGAUAUGUCCUUCCAUGAAGGACUGAGGAAGGGAGAGUGUGGGGCCCAGGGCUGGCGCUGCUCUUUCCCUCAGCCCUGCCGCAGCUCUGAGGUCCCCCUCUAUUUAUUUCUCAAGCCUGGCCAGCUUCUCACUAGGAUUUCAGACUGAAUACCUUCCAGGUGAUGGAGAACAUGGCUAGCUAGCCCUGGGCCUUGGAAGACAGAGCCCAAACUGAUACUUCUGCCCAGUCCCCUCACCACCUCCUGGGUUUGGUGUGGCACCCCAUUGCCCCACAGCUUCUGCCUUCUCACCAGAUGCCCAGACUCCAAACUCAUGGUGCAAACUUCUACCUUUUUUAAAAAAAGAUCUUUUCUUAUUGUUAAUUUAUUGUUUCUGGCACUUGGGCAAACCCUCUAAUUAAUACUCCUCUCACACCAGACAGUGGGUUUCAGGAGGAGGGAGACUGCCCUGCCCUGGUCCCAGAGAGGCCCUCUCCAGAUAGGUGUGGCCCCUUUUAAGAGGACACUACCCUAGAGCACUUCCUCUUUGGAAUGGACAGACCACAUCACUCAGCAGAGGGAGGAAGGCAUCCCUGUCA